AGAUCAAUGGUUGAAACGUUGAAACAAGUUGAAACAACGAGUACGGUAACCCAGUUGACCCCGCACAAACAACCAGAUCCCAACAAUCCACAACAAGAAGCUCCCACAAAACAACACCUCAAACUACAACACCCCAAAUCAAAAGCAAAUCUCUCUGAAAGCAGAUCAGCAACAAUUCAAAAAGCACCAUGGACCACCAAAUUUUUCUGUCGCCACCUGAGCACUUCAUCUGUCCACUCACCCUGGAGGUCAUGAGUGAUCCCGUCAUGCACAAGCAAACAGGUCAAAUCUAUGACAAAUUGGCCAUCAUGAGAUGGAUCCGCCAAUGUGGAAAGAAUGCUACCUGCCCCUUGACAAGGCAGCCUAUUACUACGUCUGAUCUAGUUGGGAAUGGAGUUCUUCGACUAGAAAUCAUGGCAUGGAAAGAUCUGCAAUAUGUGGAUGAACUGGAAGCAAAGCUUGUCAUGAUUACCUCAUGAGCUCAUGAGUAAAUCAACUCUCCUUCCAUAUUUGCGUUGAGAACCGGCGGAAAUUUAAAAAAUCGAGGGUGUUUUGGCAUCAAUACGGUUGAUGCUGUGGGACCGCCACUGUGCCCUUUGAAGCACUUAUUAUAUUGUAACUUAUGCAUAAACAAGAAAUAGAACCAAGACCAUUCAUGUC